AUGGACCAGACUGAACAACAUGCUAUGGACAGUAUCAAAUCCGUGUUAACCAGUGAAACAACAAUGGCUUAUUAUAAUCCCUCGCAUAAAAUUGAAGUUCUUGUAGAUGCAAGUCCAGUUGGUCUUGGUGCUAUACUUGUCCAAUAUCCUACCACUAGAGAUCACAGUGCUUCGCCUCGUAUUGUCAGUUAUGCCAGUCGGGUAUUAACUCCUGUAGAGACUCGCUAUUCACAAAUUGAGCGCGAAGCUCUGGCUAUUGUCUGGUCAUGUCAUAAAUUUCAUCUAUAUUUAUAUGGUACCCAAUUCUCUGUUAUUACUGAUCCCAAGCCACUGCAACGUCUUUUCAACGACCCACAAAGCAAACCACCUGCUCGUAUUGAACGAUGGUUAUUAAAGGUACAACCAUAUCGUUUCAAUGUUCAGUAUCAACCCGGUUCUGACAAUCCAGCCGACUUUAUGUCCCGCCAUCCGUUGCCAUCACCACCUACCAGCCAUGAGGAGAGAUGCGCUGAAGAAUAUGUUAAUUUCGUUUCAAUGCAUGCUGUUCCCAAGGCCCUUACACUGGAAGAAAUCAAAGAAGCCACAAAAGUCGAUACCACACUUCAAGCUGUCAUUCAAGCAAUUCCAACCAAACAGUGGCAUAAUGCGAAACUCCAACCUGGUGUUGAUCGCAAGUCGGUAGAAUGUUUUUUUCACAUCCAAAGAGAACUGUCAGUUAACAGUGAUCAAAGUCUCCUCCUACGUGGUACCCGUAUAGUCAUAGCAAGUGAACUUCAAAACCAUGUGAUGGACCUCGCACACGAAGUCCAUCAAGGCAUAUCACGGACAAAACAACUCUUGUGUGAGAAGGACUGGUUUCCGACCAUUGAUAAACAAGUGGAAGAAAAGGUUAGCUGCUGCUUAACUUGCCAAGUCGCAACAAACACAAGCAACAUUGAACAUUACGUAUGCCUGAAGCUAGCAAGAAUUCAUGGGAAAGUGUAUCAAUUGAUUUUGCGACCCGUUUCCCAGUGGCGAGUACUUACUUGUAUUGAUUGAUGACUACUCACGAUAUCCCGAAGUAGACAUUAUUAGAACAGUAGUUCAUAUACAACUGUUAUUCCCUGUCUUGACAAAAUCGUUGCUACUCACGGAAUUCCCAGAACGGUAAAAUUGGACUAUGGCGCCCCAUUUUAUAGUACAGAAUUCAAACAGUUUGCUAAUUAUCUUGGUUUCCAACAUCAGCGUAUAACACCCUAUUGGCCUCAGGCAAACGGAGAAGCCGAACGAUUCAUGAGAACGUUAAAGAAAACAGCUAGAACUGCCAAAGUUGAAUGCAGGUCUUGGAUUCGAAACAAAACUUGUUUACCUUCCUCAGAAACUACCGAGCUACGCCCCAUAGUGAAACCCACCAGGCUCCUGCAACCUUGCUAUUCAAUCGUGCCAUAAAUGUCAAGUCACCUCAGUCACAAACUGUAGCACCAGCUGACCCAAACCAUCAACAAGCACUUUGAUGCAUCAUGUGAGUCAAGACAAAAGAACAAGGUCCACUUUGACAAACGGAACAAAGCCAAAUCUUUUGAAUUCAAAGUCGGUGAUGCAGUCCUGCUGAGAAACUCAAAGAAAGGUAAAUUGCAGACCCCUUAUGAACAUCAGAAAUACCAAAUUGUUAAGAAGAAAGGAUCGAUGAUUACAGCGUCAAAUGAUAAUCGCCAAGUCACUCGGAACUCAUCACAUUUUAAAAAGUUUAAAGAAAAGAAAGGUGAAACAGAUAACCCAGGAGAUAAAGAAGAACAGCCGAGCAAGCAGAACACCAAUGAACGCCCGAAAAGGAAAACAAAACCACCAGGCUACUUUGGAUAUAAACAGUCAGAUAAGUAA